AUGACUCGAGUCCCUCGAAGGUCUGCCUCGGUCCUUGCCAGGCGGAGCCCAAAUUGGGUUGCGAAACGAAAGGCGCGGAAACACAAAGUGAUACUGGAAUCCGUCACCCAGGAGAAGAAAAAGCUUCGAAGUGUGAUAUCCUUCGAAGCUAAAGCGCCCCCGGGUUAUACGUUUAUAUCCGCGGGCGAUCCACAUUUCACAACGACCUGCAAAGAGAUUUGUCGAAGAGAUGGGCUCAAGGUGUACGCAGUCUCUACAACCCCCCACAUGUAUACACACGGGCUUUCACAGCAUGUGCACCGCAUUGGCUAUCACUUUCCCAGUGCUGUUGUUGCUAAUGUGUGUAUGGAUCGCGGUCUAUAUCUCACCGCAACUGGGAAGACCGUAUCCUUUUGCAACAUAAGAAGUGAGGCUGGCCGUAGAAAUUCUGACUCAGCUUCUCAGAUUACUAUUAAUACAGAAGCAAGGGAUGUCCUCAAGGAUCUCUUCCCAAAUAUUCCCGACAAUGAUCUCAACCAAAUUAUCAAAACGGCAUUUCAAAAGGGCCAACGGAAAGUGGGCACAGCAGUUGAGCUACCUCUCGCCCGACGAGCGCAAUUAGCAGUUGUCGCACAUAUUCGACAUAUCUACACAAACUACGAUCGCAUUCUCAAAACAACCUCCUUCCAUGAAGCAAGGGCUACUGUUGAACAGCCCACACUCGCCAAGUUAGUGGAAUGGAGAGGUGACGAUGAAAAUGGCAAAACGGUCCUUGAAGAUGUGUUCCGCGAAGUCAUUGUUAUAUCUGAUGACGAUGAUAGUGACGUUGAAGGAGAGCCGCUUCCACUCCAUGGCCGAGAUACAAGCGUGGAAGUUAUUUCCAGAAAUGCUGUGGUUGAGGAGCUUCAGAUGAGGCCUGUCAACCAUGGCAAUCCCGCUCUCCGGGAACCGCAAGUAGAGAAUUUGGACGAUGAGAUCGCUUCAGGCUUUCGUUUCAUCCCAAGGCCUCCCAAGAAAACCAAGAUUGACCGUCGAGGAUUCAGCAGGUAUCAAGCCUGGGAUCGUGCCAUCAAUAGGUACAGGAACAGAAUAAAUGGCACCAAUCAUCAGUUUCCUUCAUAUUCUGCAGGAGACAAUUUGCCGGAAAACCUUGGACUUGGCAGGGAGCCUUCUUCACGCCGAAGCAUUGACACCGCACACUUAUCUGUUGCCCCUUAUGCCUUUCCUAAUCAGAGAGCAGUUAAAAGUAACUUGAGCCGGCCCCAGCUUAACUCCGUGGCAGCACAUCGUUUUCACGAACUACAUCCUCUGGCCGAGCUGCCGAACAAGAGGAGGGGAGGUGCCAUUGCCCCACCCGACAUGCCCAAUUCUUUUCCAUUGCAGAGUGCCGAUAUAUUUGAGCCAGCAAGAUACCCGCUCCAAAAUUCUGACGUGUCAAGCGGUCCUGUUUUUGUCAGUGGCCCAAGAGAAGUCCAUGAGAAAAUUGGAGACGAUCCUAGACCCCCUCCCUGGCCACCAGGACACUCACACAGCAGGAUGGACGAACAGGAUCACGUGCUGCCUUCCAUCGAGAGCCCUUUUCCUGUGGAGAUCAAACGCCCAAAUAGUGGCCAUAUAGAACACCUUACUAGAAGAAUGUCUGGAGCGUUCAAUUUCCGCUCAGUAACGCCUUACCGCCAAGUCCACCAAGAUUUUCCGAAGCAUACCUUACCUCAGGAAUCUUCUCAACCGCACGCCUCCAAAAGACUGCGUGUGGCAUAUCAUGAACCAAUUCCAAUGGAAGAUCCGCUCCCUCCCAAUGGCCCAAUCACUUUAAGUACUCACUCGGGGAAUCGAAAUGGCGCAGCCGAGCAGGUCUCUGUCCAAAAUGGCCCCCAAACCCGUAGGAGAUAUGUCGUGCCAGCUGAGCCACAUUGCAUUGGAGAACAUGCGCCAGGCAAUGCCCAGGAUUCUCCCAUUUCUACCGCUCGUUCUAAUUGCGGUUCCCGAAUUCUUGCACCUCCUGGGCCAAUAAAAGGUUAUGAUGGCCAACCGUUUCCUUACAAAGGUCCUGUUGACUCUCAAAACGGAUAUCAUAAAUCACCAGGUCAAUCUCUCACAGCGUUUGAUAUGAGGUAUACCGCUAUUUCUGGUAAUGGCCGUGAUAGGACUAUCCAGUCCCAUUGGCCGGGUCUAACAGAGCCACAUGUAUCUCGCAAUGUCCAGGAAUCUAGUUGCAAUGAAGGGAAGCUACCAGAGGUGACAGGGCGUCGGUAUGAUUAUACCCGGUGGAACAAAGAUCUUGCUCCCUACAAGCCCGCAGAGAAACAGAGACUUUACGCCGAUGGUUUUGUCCGCCCUAUCGAUAUUCGGGAGCCCGGUAUGUUAGAUCAACUUGCCUCCGGGCACGUGGUAGAAACCCUACCUCAAAUGGCCAACCCAAAGCUCUGCGGUGCCGCAUAUCGGCGUGUUGUGUCGGAUAAUUUACCAUCGGCGCCGCCCCGCUGUCGAACCCUUCUGGAUCCUGUGGCUAAAUCCCCUUUCCCUUCCCAAUACUACGCAGCGAUUGGCGAUCAAGCCUUGAGCCAUACCGAUAAACUACUCAGAACACCACCCCGUCUAGCAAGACGGAAGACAUCCAAGGGGUAA